AUGCUCAGGCUAUCAACCAAGACGCUACUGUUUGUGGGGGCGGCGAUCUUAGGAGCGGGGUUGGAUGGUGCCUCCGCUAUGCAGCAACCACUAGAGUCACCCGCCAGAUGGGCGGCCCGAGACGGCUCUGCAGUUCCGCAGUAUCAUAAAAACUACGACAAUGGAUUGUUUACCCCGUUGGAGACGCUAGAUGUUCUGUCAGAAGAUGAGUUCACGAUCUUGGCUCAUCCAGCUUUCCCAAAGUACAGUGUUCGAGCCAAGAGCAUAAAUGGUGCGACAAAACAGUCGUACACAGGUUAUAUCGACAUCGAAGCCCGACAUUUGUUCUUCUAUUUCUUCGAGAGUAGAAACGAUCCGACCAAGGACGAUGUCAUAUUCUGGACAAACGGCGGCCCUGGAUGCUCUUCGUCUCUCGGAUUAUUCAUGGAGCUUGGACCUUGUCGUGUGCUUGACGAGGACGGAGCCAAAUUCCACCCCGAAGCCUGGAACUCUAACGCAAAUAUAUUCUUCAUUGACCAACCAAUCGGUGUGGGCUUCUCGUAUGCAGACUACGGCGAGACAGUUAGCACGACUGAGGAAGCGGCAAAGGAUAUCGCCGCCUUCGUUGCUAUCUUCUUUGAGAAUUUCACCAAGUUCAAGGGCAGGGGCUUCCACAUGGCCGGUGAAUCGUAUGGUGGCCGAUACCUCCCCGUUUUCGCAGCGGCUGUGUAUGACCAAAACGCAAAGCUCCUGGGGCAGGGCUUGACACCAAUUAACCUUACUUCCGUCAUGAUAGGAAAUGGAUUCACGGACGCCUUCAGCAUGACAACGUCUUAUGUUGAUUUUCAGUGCUCCCAUGCGUCGGUCGCGCCUAUCAACGACAUCAGUUCAUGUGUGGCUAUGAAGCAGAUGGUACCACGCUGCACCAAAUGGUUCCAGAGUGCAUGCAUAGACCAUUUCGACGCAAUUGAUUGCAAUGCAGCGACCAUACUCUGCACGACUGCCAUUGAAACGCCGUUCUUUGCUUCUGGCAAGAACCCCUACGACAUUAGCAAGGAUUGUGAGGGCAAGAUAGAAGAGACGCUUUGCUACCCCAUCACCCGACACAUUGGUCAUUACCUCGAUCAACCCGAGGUUCGAGACGUCCUCGGCGUCGAUCCCUCGGUAACGGCCAAUUUCUCGUCCUGCAACAAUUCUGUCGCCACUGCGUUUGGCGUAGCUCUUGACUCGCUCCAUCCGACAGUCGACUAUGUCGCAGCACUUCUAGAACGAAACGUCCGCGUGCUCAUUUACGUCGGGUCGUAUGAUUGGAUCUGUAACUGGGUAGGGAAUGAGAGGUGGACAUUGGCCAUGGAUUGGAGUGGAAAGGAAGAGUUCAAUAAGCAAUCGUUGAGGGAUUGGGUAGUUGAUGGAAAGAGUGCUGGUAAGACUCGGAGCGCCAAGGGCCUGACGUUCGCCACCGUCGAAGCAGCCGGGCACAUGGUACCGUACGAUAAACCGAAGGAGUCUUUGGAGAUGGUUCAACGCUGGCUGGCUGGAAAUCCUUUGUAG